GAUUGCAAUAUGGGAGCUUCAGAUACGCGUUCUAGGUUUGACUAUGGGAAUAUCUACCUCCAACUAGACCAUCCAUACGCAGUUUCAGGUACAAACAUGACUGGAUAUGUAUAUCUACACCUGACGCAUCACUUUCCGGCGACUAGCGUUCUAUUAGAGCUGAGAGGAGAUGAAAAAUGUAAAUGGACUGAACAAAGAACUCAUAAGGAGACUUUUCAAGGUGACCAAAAGACUUAUAAAUACAAUCACUAUCAUAAUUGACAUCGAAUAGUAGUCCAUCAGAGAUUUUGCCUUUAUAAUUUUGGACAGGAUGGAGCUCCUCCAGGAGAUUAUACUUUUCCAUUUAACAUUCCAAUUCCAUUUGGAUGUCCCUCGAGUGCAUAUUUCUCAGGUACAGAUUGUGCGUUUGCCUCCAUAAAAUACUCUAUAAAGGCAAUUCUGCAGCCAAAUGCAGCCUCUUGGUUAGGGGAAGUCACAUUUAAGCAGAACUUAAUAGUAAGAGAGAAAGCUCCUGCUUCAAGCGAUAACAUAUCUGCAUCUAUCAACACAAAUGUCAAAUCCUGCUGCUGUUGCUGCUCAAAAGGCUCAGUUUCUCUCGAAACAAAGUUUGAAAAAGAUGCAGUAGCUAGCAACGAAAUUUGUAGAGCAAUGUGCCAAAUCAAGAACCAAUGCAGUCUUCCUAUUCAGCAAAUCAAGAUAUGAAUCAAACAAUUCACACAACUCAAAUCUGAAUCUGGGAUUUACAAAAGGAGCAGAGAAAUAGGAUCAAGAGAGUUUGAUGGUGUUCAAGCGAGAGAGGACACAGAUGGCUUUUCAAAGCUCUUACAAAUUCCUCUUAACGAACUUGAAAGUAAGAUGAGCCAUCAGCUAUUCUACAACUUUGAUCCUGUCUAUCGUGACGAAGUAGGGUUAGUCAAUUUUAUCCAACCAACUACAUCAGGAUUACACCUAAAUAUUACUUAUUUACUUGAAGUAAAGCUCAUUUAUAAGAUUCGUUGUGGCAAAAUGCCCAAGACAAGCAUACCUUUGUUUAUCCAUGCCCCUGAAAUUGAAGGUUUCACUAUAAUUAAAGCUCCAGAAGACUGGAAUCCAACCACGUAUAAUGAGUCUAACUAUGAGACUCCAUUAGCUCCAAUAGAAAUGGCUCAGAAACAAGUUUUUAACAACAUUGCUUAUAAUCCAGCCGGAAUGGGUAUGUAUGCCCAGUCACAAUUAGUUCCUGGGGGAAGAGCACCUGCAUAUGUAACAUACACUGCUCACAGCCAGCCUCAGUAUCCCUUAGCUCCUCCUGUGCGCUCCCAAUUGAAGCCCUCAGCCCCUGCAGAAAGACCAUGCUCAGAUAAAACUCCUUUAUUAGAACCUAAAGAAGAAACUAAGGAAUAA